UGUUGCCUGUUUUAGCCUUACAAAUAUCUCUUUAGAUGUAGAGGUGUAUUUUAGAUUUAUAAUAUGAGAUAAAAUGUUAUUUUAAAUGACUAUUUAGACAUGUAGGAAAUGGAAAAUCUAUUCCAGCUGAUUUAGUGAGACCAAACAGAUGCAUUGUAGACUAAGCACUAACCCUGCUGUUUUGUUUUUACGUUGUCAUUAGAUUUCUGACCACACUGGCCCUAUGAGAUCCAGGUUGAUCGCUGACUUUGAGCUCAGACGAAGCACAGAGAACACCGCCACACUGGUUUCCUUCAUGUCACGCCACAGUCAGCCAGCAAGUUGGCAAGCAAGCAGCGAUGACAGUAACGUACUCUCGCAGGGUUGCUGAUGCAGGUCUGGGGACCUUCUUUCACCUGCUUCUGCGAUGGAAGGGCAGCAUCUAUAAACUGCUCUACAGAGAGCUCAUCAUCUUCACUUUUCUCUACUACUUCUUCAGCAUUGUUUAUAGGUUUGUGUUAAACGAUGACCAGAAGAGGCUGUUCGAGAAGCUGUCGAUAUACUGUGACCGCUAUGCCGAACUCAUCCCUGUGUCCUUUGUGCUGGGUUUCUACGUCACCUUGGUCGUGUCCCGUUGGUGGGGCCAGUUUGAAAAUGUCCCCUGGCCGGAUCGCUUGGCAGCAUUAGUAGGUGGUCAUGUUCGGGGAGCUGACGAGGCUUCCAGGCUGACCCGACGAACUCUGAUGCGGUAUGCCAACCUCUCUGGUGUGCUCAUCUAUCGCUCCGUCAGCACAGCCGUCUACAAGAGGUUUCCCACCAUGGAGCAUGUGGUGCAGGCAGGUUUGAUGACGUCAGAGGAGCUGAGGCACUUAGAGGACCUGCGCUCUCCUCACAACAAGUUCUGGGUUCCCUGCAUGUGGUUCGUCAGCCUGGCUCUGAGGGCUCGGACUGAAGGUCGCAUCAACAACGACGUAGCACUCACAGCCAUUCUCACCGAGUUGAAUACUUUACGGGCGAAGUGUAUGAAGCUGUACGGUUACGACUGGAUCAGCCUGCCACUUGUCUACACUCAGGUGGCGACAGUGGCGGUCUACAGCUUCUUCCUGGCUUGUCUGAUUGGUCGUCAGUUUUUGGAUCCAGCUCAGGGUUAUCCUGGACACGAUGUGGACUUCUACCUGCCUGUUUUCACCAUGCUGCAGUUUUUCUUCUACGUUGGUUGGCUGAAGGUGGCGGAGCAACUCAUAAAUCCUUUUGGUGAAGAUGAUGAUGACUUUGAAACCAACUGGCUCGUCGAUCGCAAUUUACAGGUGUCCUUGUUGUCAGUGGAUGAGAUGUACGACAGCCUGCCGCUGGUUGAGAGGGAUAUGUACUGGAAUGAGUCCGAACCUCAGCCUCCCUACACUGCUGCCAGUGCUGAACACCGCAAACCCUCCUUCAUGGGCUCAGCCCUGGAUAUCAGGUUCGGUAUUGUUUUUAUUUUCUGGAAGACAGUUUUAAAUACGGAGAAAUACUCCCCUAACCAUCAUAUGACCAUCUGUUUAAUCUACACUAGUGUUCCUAAGGAGGAGAUGGAGUUUCAGUCCAAUCUGGAGCAAAUCAAAGAAAACGAGGAAGCUAACUACUCCACCCCGCUGCUCGGAGGGCUGGGCCGUCUCCUCGGUGUCCAGUCCCCUAACUUUCCCCGCUCCUCCCGUGUCCCUCUGCUGCGCCGCCGCCCCGGAGCUCCGCUAAGCCGCUUCCCUCUUUACCUGCACCCAGAGGGGCCCUCAACUCCAAGUCAAGGCCGCCAGCAUUUGAACCACGAGCGAGAUCCUGACUAUGCCUUCUCCACCAUGCCCAUGUAUGAGAGACCAGGUUUCUACAGCUGCCCACAAACACCCAUCCACUGCGUCCCCCCUGCAGUGCCCCGCCCUCGACCUGCCCGAAGAGCUCAAAAUGAAUGGGACCGUAGCUGCAGUUCCCUCGCUCACCCAAUGCUGGGCUCACAGCUGCUGCCUCCUGACACCCCCAACCAUGUCCCUCCUCCGCCAUCCUCUGCUUUCCCGUGGCUGAGUGAAGGAAGUGACAUGCCGAGUACCCCAACCUUCUCCUUCCCGGACCCUCCACCUGAACUCUGCCCAAUAUCGAAACUCAGACCUGGACACGGCCUUCUGUCCCGCCGCCCUCUACCUCCCCGCCUCACUCUGGAAGCCCACCCCCCAGCUGACAGCCAGCCCGGACCCCCAAGUGCUCGGGCGGCAGGAAGCGGAGGAGAAAGGGUGUUCUCGUUCACUUCCCCAUCUCGCACAGCAGCAAUAGCAAAUCCCAGUAAUCCCAAUAGCAGCUCUAGCAGCAUUAAUGCAACAAGCACCAACAGCGCUGGCACAACAGGAAGUCUCUGCAACGGUACAAGUCAUACUAAUUUUAGUAACCAUGGGAACUUCAGCGCCAACAUGAGGGCGAGCAACGGGGGCACCAACGGCGGUCUGAGCAAUAACAUGAACGCAGUUUCCACUUCAGCGGCAUCACAGCAAGAAACCAAUCAGCAAAACUCACCCAAUGAUUCAGGAAUCUCAUUGGCUGAGGGGGACCUGCUGGGGGUUCUGGUGGACGGCGGAGUUAACAAGGCGGCAGGAGGGAGGGAGCAGGACUGCGAAAACAAGGUGUGACAGUCUUUAUAUCACAUGUGGCAUUCAAAACAUUUCACACAAACAGGAGGUGAUCUAUGUUACAUUACAGUCAUCUGGAGCCCUACACACAGCUGAGAAGUAUUUGUCACAAACACUGAGUUAAUCUCCUUUUU